AUGAUGUUCGGUAGUCGAACGAUCACAGCUACCAGUGUUAUAGCAAGCUUGCUGUCCAGCUCCGGUGCGCAAUAUUUCGGCACGUUGAACGCCACAUCUGGACCUACCCCAAAGACAGUCAGGUUCCCCAGUGGUGAUAGCCACGUUGUCGGACAUCUCUACCUUCCCGAGAGAUAUGACCCUGCGCAGCGCUACCCCGCAGUUGCGGUGGCAGGCUCAUUCAUAAGCGUCAAGGAGAUGAUGUCCGGAACAUACGCGGUCGAGCUAGCCCGCCAUGAUGUUAUCGCUAUCGCUAUCGAUUACCGUAACUUCGGUCAGAGUGGUGGUGCCUUCAGGCAGUAUGAAGAUCCCACGUCGAAGGCUGAGGAUCUUUCAGCUGCUCUGGAGUAUCUCGCGAAGCGUUCUGAUGUCGCUGGCACCGGAUUGCUCGGUGUGUGUACCUCGGGUGGCAAUGUGCUCUUCCCUGCGG